AUGUCCGAAGAGCAGAGGACACCGCUUUGGCUUGAAGAGUUCCUUCGUAGCGAAAGCGCCGGCCCCCCAUCCCGCAUCAUACCCCGAGACCAGCAGACACUGUUUGAGCUUGACGAGCUUCUUCGCCGUAGCCGAAUGGCCAGAGAGCAGGCUAAUCAGGCCGAAAAUUUCGAAUGGACGGAGCACCGCCCUGCUCAGCCAUCUCGACCCAAUGGAGCGUCUACUGCACCGGGUCUCUUCGGAAGAUCGACUCAGACUACAUCCGCUCGAACUGCACCUUCUGUGUCGGGCUUCGAUAGAGCAUCUCCUAUGGGUUUCGGAGCAUCAUCUACAUCUCCUAGACCGAACAUCUUCGGACCAUCGUCCGCAUCCACUGCACCGGGUCUAUUCUUCGGACCAUCAUCUACAUCUCCUAGACCGAACAUCUUCGGACCAUCGCCCGCAUCUACUGCACCGGGUCUAUUCUUCGGACCAUCAUCUACAUCUCCUAGACCGAACAUCUUCGGACCAUCGCCCGCAUCUACUGCACCGGGUCUAUUCUUCGGACCAUCAUCUACAUCUCCUAGACCGAACAUCUUCGGACCAUCGCCCGCAUCUACUGCACCGGGUCUCUUCGGACCAUCGUCCGCAUCCACUGCACCGGGUCUAUUCUUCGGACCAUCGUCCGCAUCUACUGCACCGGGUCUCUUCGGAAGAUCGACUCAGACUACAUCCACUCGACCCGAUCUAGGAACAAGUCUCUUUGGAACAUCCAAUUCAGACCCCAUCGAACCUACAUGUCCUAAAUUGGAACUCGGAUCCGGCCCCAACCUGUUCACUUCCGAGGCGGACCGUCGUCCCUCCUCUCGGGAGCCGAUAGCAGAAGCUAUCGAGGCAUUCGGCCGUUUAUUGGAAGAAUACGGACAUCUACCUGAGCUUUACAACUUUAUCAAAGAAUGGUCAAGUUACAUGGAGUUCACCCCUGAGGAUAAGCCUCCAGCUGCACGGAGCCUAUUUUCGGCCACUCGGACUUCGGGUGCCUCUCAGCUCAGCGCUUCAGCUUUCGGAACCUCAGCCGCCAGUGAUUCUCGGGAAGACCAGCCGGGAGAGCAUACAAACUACUGGCCUGACGUCAAAGCGUAUCUGUUGUCGCCGCAAGGCAAGAAGAAGCCUGUGACAGACUGUGUCAUCUGCACCGAGCCUCUCGAGAUCUGGGGCACUUUUGGCACAGGCCGUUGGGCCCAAAAGAAGCGCGAACGCGCCUUCGUCCUUCAAUGUGGACAUUUCGUGGGAAUUGAUUGUAAGCUGAAAUGGGACGAAAAGACGCCGGGGCGGAAGACCAUCUGUCCAGUCUGCAGAGCCUCGCAGAAUCGUCAGUUUGCCGGCAUCUUCGCCCCUGAUACUAAACGGGAUGCUGACCGUCUCCUCUCUCGAUGGCAGGCACUAGAAGGGUGCUGA